GGGUCCGUCCGGGCGGCUCGCGCCGCUGGGAGCUGUGCGCGGACGAAAGGAGAAGAGUUCAGGAUUGGAGGAAAGGUGGUCAUGUCCCAGGAGGGCAGCCACGAGUGGGAGCUGAGCAAGGAGAAUGUGCAGCCCCUCAGGCAGGGACGGGUGAUGUCCAGCUUGCAAGAGGCACUGGCUCAGCAGGACUCUUCCAGCCACACUGCUUUGCAGCUUAAAAAACAGGAGUUUGAAGCAGAAAUACGAUUUUACUCUGGAGAUGAUCCUCUGGAUGUGUGGGAGCGGUAUAUCAAGUGGACAGAGCAGGCCUUCCCUGGGGGUGGCAAGGAUGGCAACCUUGCAGCAGUUCUGGAAAGGGCAGUGAGAGCCCUCCAUGGGCAGCAGCAGUACUACAAAGAUCCUCGCUAUCUUAAUCUCUGGCUCAAGUUUGGCGAUUGCUGCAAUGAGCCCUUGGAUCUGUACAGUUACCUGCACAGCCAGGAGAUCGGCACCACGCUGGCCCUGCUCUACAUCACCUGGGCUGAGGCGCUCGAGGCCAGGGCCAGCUUCAGGAAAGCAGAUCUGAUAUUCCAGGAGGGGCUCCAGCGCAAGGCUGAGCCUUUGGACAAACUCCAGGCUCAUCACAAGCAGUUUCAGGCCCGUGUUUCUCGGCAGACAUUACGGGCACUUGAGGAAAGUCCUGAUGGAGGAGGCAAUAUGGGGUUGCUGGAAAUUGCAGAGCCUCAGAGAAGUUCGCUGGCAGAUCUCAAAGGCAGAGGGAAAAAGAAAGUGAGAGCCCCCAUCAGUCGUGUGGGAGAUGCAGUUAAAGUCGUGAAUCCAAACAGAAGCUCCCAGCCUCAGGCUUCUCUGCAGCUUCCAAAUACUCCCAGUUUUGCUGUGUUUGAUGAAAAUUCUGUGUCUGGACCUGAGAUUGCCACACUUACAGCACAGUCAUGGCCAGCACCUCCAGUUCCCAGGGCCAAGGAGAAUGAGCUCAGCGCAGGACCGUGGAACUCUGGCAGGCGUCCUCGAAGCACUGUGAGCUCUGCCAUGGAAGUGCCCCACCCACUGCCCAGUUUCACCCCCUAUGUGGACGAGUCAGCUCCACCACAAAUGAUGACUCCCUGCAAAAUUGAGCCCAGUAUAAACUGUGUGUUAAGUACUCGCAAACCUCAGGAGCGGGAGGACCCACUGCAGCGAGUGCAGCACCAGCAGCAGGAUGCUCAGGCAAAGAAGGAGAUGGUGAUGUACUGCAAAGAGAAAGUUUAUGCUGGAGUUGAUGAAUUCUCUUUUGAAGAGAUCCGAGCUGAAAUCUACAGGAAGAAAGCGAGGAAGAAAGACGAAGAUGAAAUAGAAGCCAUAGAACGGAAGAAGGAAGAAAUACAAAGGAAAAUUGAGGAACUGGAAAAGAAAUUAAAGAAGAAAGAAGAUGACAAGCAGCAACAACCACAUGAACAGGCAGCAGAGCUACUGGGAGCUUCCACACCUUUGGGAAUGCAAGGAUUUACUUUUGCCAGCACAACAGAGUAUGGGGAGAAACAGCCUCAGUCACAAAGUGAAUUCCAGAUCUAUGAAGACACUCAGCCACAUAAACCGUCUUGUUCUGAGGAUUGCCACAGUGGAAAUACAUUUUUAAACUCUAAGGAGGAACAGAGUAAUGAGGGCAGUCUUGCAAAAAAAUAUGUAGGUCUGCUUCCUCCACCAGCUGCUCCAUUUUUCUCUAUAUUUGAUGAAUCCUCUACCUUGACAAAUCAGAAUAUAAGUUGUUCAGCAGAUCGUCGGCGGAAAAGUGCCCGUCACCCCCUCGCUGUUCUUAAGCCUGUGGAUUCUCUGAGUGCCAAGGAGAGCACAGCAGCAGCAGCAGCAGCCUGUGAUGAGCUGAAUGGAAUUGAACGUUUGACUGAGGAUGCAAUUGUGACAGGCUCCUACAAGAACAAGACCCUUUGUGCCAACCCAGAGGACACGUGUGACUUUAACAGGGCUGCCCACCUGGCCUCGACGCCCUUUCACGGGGUGGUAGCUCAGAGAGUCCUAGCUCCUGCUUUCUCUCAGAGUGAACUGAAGGGAGAUAGUCCAGAAUCCAAGGGUGCACCUCUGAAUCAGGAGACACUGGUGUGUGAAGGAGCAUACACUGAAGCUCUCAGUGUAAAAAAACUGAGCCCCAUCAUGGAAGCAAGCCUGGAAGAUACUCGCUCAUCAGGUUCUUCAGUCUCAGGAGGUUCUCUGUCCUCUGUUACACAAAUGUCUGCUAUUAAAUACCUGCAGAUCAGUGAGAAACUGGAGCUGGCUCAGAGCUUGCCUGCUGAAGUGGUUACUGAUUCUGGAGAGGAUGAUGCAGCUCAGUUCCUGUGGAGCCCUGAACAGCGUAAAAAGCUUUUGGGUUCUGUGCUAUCAUCACUGGUUGCUUCUCCAGAUUUUCACUUGGAGACUGAAGCUCUGCCUCACAUGGAGGUUGAGAAAGAUGUUGAACUGGGAAAUGAGACUUACUGCAUCAAAAUGGAAUAUUGGAACAAUGAAGAAUACAAGAUGUUUUUUGCCAUUCCAACUGGAUGCAUUUUCCAGUGGGAUCAAAAAGGAUUUGCAAUAAAGGUGUAUUCUCAGCCUGUGCCUUGGGAUUUUUAUAUCAUCCUUGAGUUACAGAAGCGUUUGAAUUCUGACUUUGACCAGAGCUUCAGUGAGAAUUGCAGCUGUUACCUGUACCAGGAUGGCUUUGCCAUUGUGCACAAGGAUACAAAUUGCUUCACACUCAGGGAUAUUCUCUGUGAUCGUAACUUCAUCACUAAGGAAAUCAUCUUCUUGGUUGUUCAUGAUCUUCUGCUGCUAGUAGAGAAGCUGCACAAAGCAGAGAUUGUCCAUGGAGAUCUGAGGCCAGAGGUCUUGUUUCUGGGAGACAGGAUCUGCGAUGCAUUUUCUAAUGAGGAGGUGCCAAAUGCCCUGAAGAUGGUGGAUUUCUCUCACAGUCUGGAUUUGAGGGUACUGCCCCAAGUCAGCUUUCCCUACAGCUUUCCCACAGCUCAGACCCCUCAUGGACAACAGCUUCUGGCAGAAAGUUCUCUUCCUUAUCAGGUAGACUUGGUUGGCAUUGCAGAUAUAAUCCAUUUGAUGUUGUUUGGGGAUCAUAUCCAGGUCUGUCAGGAGAAUUCCAUCUGGAAAAUCAGCCAAAACUUAUCAAAGACCUCUGACAGUGAUUUCUGGAGUAAACUUUUUGAGAGAAUUCUGAAUGCAGAUGGUAAGUCCACAGUACCUCUGCUGAGGGAGUUGAGAGAGGAAAUAAGUGAAAUGUUUGACAGCUCUUUCAGAGAACGACUUUUGUUGACCUUAGCUGCUGUGGGAGAAACUUUCCUCCUGGUGAACUCCCAGUGACUUCAUAGAAGACAAACACAUUUUGUAUUCUAGAGAAGAAUUUGUUUGUUGUAUUCUUAUGUUUUCAAAUGUAAACAUAAAGAUUGGAGCCAUUUCUGGAAUACUUCACGAAACUUGCUCAAGAAUGUUUCUAUUGCAUGAGUGCUUGGAAAACCUCCUGAGCCUCUACGUGAACCUUUCUGUGUUGGAGGAGUUUGUGAGAGAAAAUUGCUUGUCUUAACUGCUGCCUCCCCUUCUUGUACAGCUCCUUAAAAAUUGAACCCCUAACUUGCACCAUACUCUUCAAAAUGUUUUUGUCCUGCAUUCAGUUGGUCGUUGAAUUAGUGUUUGA